UGCGGAGGGGCUCGGGAGGAGCAGAGGAGAAGGAGAAGGAGGAGAAGAGGAAGAAAAUGCAGGGGCAGAGGACUGGGUAUUCUGGAUCUAAGGUUAAGAGAGAUUGGAAUCGGAGUCGGAGUCGGAGUACUAGUGCUGUGGACGGGAUGGAUGGUGAGGCAAGGCUGAGAUUCGAGAUGCAAAUUUUGGAGGAACUAUUUGAAGGAGAAGAGCGACAGGCUUUGGGUUUUGGGGGAUGACAUGAUGAAAGUGAACCAAUGGACUAGGUUUGCUUUGUUUUGGAAUUGGUAAUUUUGUUU